AUGAAGCAGUCACUUGCUGUUACAUCAUCCAACCAUGCGGAGAUCAUCGCCAUACAUGAGGCGAGUCGAGAGGUGGUGUGGUUACGGUCCAUGACCAACCACAUCCGAGUGGACAGUGGCUUAUCCGAAGGUCAAGAUGCUCCGACCAUCAUCUAUGAGGACAAUGCAGCAUGCAUAUCUCAGCUCAAAUAUGGAUACAUCAAAGGUGACCGUACGAAGCACAUCUUGCCUAAGUUCUUCUCCACACACGAUCUGCAGAAAGCUGGACAGGUUCAGGUGGUCCAAGUCCGUUCCAGCGACAAUUCAGCAUACCUGUUCACCAAGUCACUUCCAACCGCAAUAUUCAAGAAGCUUGUGCAUCAGUUUGGGAUGCGUAGGCUUAAGGAUCUACACUGA